UGCGUGUCAGUCUGCUGGACAAGAAUGUUCUAAUGCUGGAACUCUUCUCAUCUACUGAUAUUUAAACGAAAGCUAAGGAACCGAAAGCUAAGAACCUUGAUGGAAGGAGUCUCAACACUGUUUUCUAACUCCACUCCCCGGGGAAAGCACCAUAGAAGACAGCCAGCACUAGUCAAGUUAUUAAGUGACUCCAACCAGUGCUAUUUUUUUCUUGUAAUCUUUGGAAAUACUUCGUUUUCUUAGAAUUUCAUGAGAUUAUAACAUCCUGCAGUUCACUUCCUGAGAGCUUUACUGAUUUAUCUUCCUAGUCAAACAAAGCAAGUAUUGAUUCCUGCAUUUCUGAAGAUCUCAAUAUCUGGGUUACUGUGGAAGAAAUUUUCAGUGAGGCUCACCCGUAUCUUUAAAGAUGUUGAAAGAAUACAAGAAAAUUGUCCUGCUGAAAGGAUUAGAGUGCCUCGAUGAAUAUAAUUUUCGCUUGGUUAAGUCUUUACUGGCCCAUGAUUUACAACUGACUAGAAAAAUGCAGGAUGAAUAUGACAAAAUUAUGAUUGCUGACUUGAUGGAAGAAACGUUCCGAGUUGAUGCCGGUCUGAACAAACUAAUAGAAUUUCUCAAAGACAUACCACAAUUUAGAAACCUUGCUAAAAAACUUCAAAGAGAGAAGUUAAAAGUUACAAGGAAAUUCAAAUUGGAAGGAAAAACUACAGUGAAAAAAAGCAAGCAGGAUAAACCCAGUACUGCCAAAUCUGUAUCCACCACAAAUAAAGCCUUGGAACCUGAGUCAAUCAAGGAUACAUCUGUGUUGAAAAAAAAGAAAAAUAAAACCUCAAAAACUGAUGACUCCAAGAGGCCGCAGCUAACCAAGAAGAGUCAGUUUCCAGAACCUUCAGCAGCCAGCACACAGCAAACUGAGGGCUGUUCCCAGACUCCUCACAUACCUGCACCAACACCAUCCGGCAAUUCUUCAACCAAGAAAAGGAAAAAUGUAACCAGCAAAACUGAGGACACAAAAAGGAAGAUGCUUUCCCAGGAAAUGAGCUGGCAUUCAGAAACUUCAGCUACCAGCAUUUGCCCUGCUGAGAGUCCCCCUCAGACUGCUCACCUGCCUCCACCAGCCCCAUCCAGCUGUUCCUCAACCAAGAAACCAAGAUUGAAGACUGUACCUAAAGAAGCUUCCAAAGAAGAUGGCUACCAGAGUGGCCCCAAAGAAGUGAUGGUGCUCAAAGCAACAGAACCAUUUGUGUAUGAGUCUCAUGUCUCAGAGAUGGAGACAUGUCUCAGAGAUGGAGAGAGAAAGAUGUUUCAUGCCACAGUAGCUACUGAGAGUGAAUUCUUCCAAGUGAAGGUUUUUAACACCAACCUGAAGGAGAUGUUCACCCCAAAGAAGGUCAUUGCCAUAUCAGAUUAUUUUGGCCGCAAUGGGUUCCUGGAGGUAUACAGUGCCUCAUUUGUAUCUGAAGUGAAUGCUGACCGAAAGAUGGAGAUCUCAAGCAGACUGAUUAAAAAUGCCAAUGCAACUCCCAAAAUCAAUCAUCUUUGCUCUCAAACUAAAGAAAAAUUUGUGAAUGGGGUGUUUAUGGUACAUAAGAAAAAUGUGAGAGAAGAAUGCACUUUUUACGAAAUACAAGAUAAUACAGGGAAGAUGGAGGUGGUGGUGUACGGACGACUGACCAGCGUCAACUGUGAGGAAGGCGAUAAACUUAAACUCAUCUGCUUUGAAUUGGCAUUGAGUGUGGAUAAGUGGCAGCUGAGAUCUGUGAUUCACAGUUACAUGAAGGUCAUCAAGGCCAAGAAAAGCCAGAAAUAAUUACUCGAUUUUGAUUCAGAUAUGGAAACUUCACUAGAGCCCUCCUUCUAAAAACCUGGAUGCCACUGAUAAUGGUGUUUGUAGAGAUAAGAUCUAAGUACAGAGAAAAAAAUGGGUGUGUAUAUGUACACGUUUAUACAUAUAUAUACCUGGUUGAAAUACAAUAUACAGCAGCUAUUAAUUCUAGGGAAUGUUUUGUUAGGGGUGUUUUUUGUUUUAUUCUUUAUACUUUUUUAUAUUUUCUAAAUGCCAUAUUUUGCAUCUAUAAUCUUUAUAGUUUAUCAAUAAUAAUAAACAUCAUUUUUUAAAAAGGA